GGAUUAAAACUCCAAACUUUCAACUCUUGUUCAUCUGGUUCAUAUUUGAGCAUCUUGAGCUACCUGAGCAGCCUGAGCAACCCUAGCACGGUUAGCAGCGUCCUUUUGCCGUUUGAGAACACACUCCUUCUGCAAGUGAUUGGCAAGUUCAGUCUGGUUGGGCAGUUCCUUUUUACACCAUGAGCAGCUUACCACUAUCUUCACAACCUUGUUUGGUUCUUGUGCCUUUGGUUUUGCCAUGAUCUGUUAAUCAGAACGUUGUCAGUGUUUUUCAAAUUUUAUUGAAGUUGUACAAGUUUUAGUUGUAAAUAGUCCUAAAAAACUUAUAUAAAUCAGCUAAACAAUGUCUGAAAAACAGACACUAAUCACAACGUAAAACCGGCCCAAAAACGCUCACCUCUAGAACAGCUGUGAACCUGUCCCUUGUUCCAUAAGAAAACACCUUAAAAUUCUAGUGGCUGCUGGUAGCUAAAUUAGUGGGACAGAUUUUCCAUCCCAAUAUUCCUUCUUCCACUUCCAGAAAAAUUCUAAAACCAUUUGCUAUAUAAAGCUAAUUUUGGACAAUUGAGCAUUGGGCAAAGUACAAGACUUCACUAUACACACAGACAUGGCCAACAACUACAAUCAAUUUCUCCUUCUGUUAUUACCUUUACUUCUUCACAUUCACUAUGUAAGAAGUGAACUCCAAUUGAACUACUACUCAGAGAGUUGCCCAAGAGCUGAAGAAAUAAUCAAAGAACAAGUGGCACAGUUGUACCACAAGCAUGGCAAUACAGCAGUUUCUUGGAUCAGAAAUCUUUUUCAUGAUUGCAUGGCUAAGUCAUGUGAUGCAUCAAUAUAUUUGGACACAGCAAAUGGACAGGAAUCAGAGAAGGCAUCUCCAAAAAACUUUGGAAUGAGAAAUUUGAAGUAUGUAUUAAAAAGGCACUUGAGAGUGAAUGUCCUAAUCCUGUUUCUUGUGCUGAUAUUGUUGUUCUUUCUGCUAGAGUUGGUCUUCUCUGGGUAAGUUGAUCAAAAUUAUUUUAUAUUGUUAGUGUAUUUUAAUUUGUUGAAGUAGAGUUUUAGAGCAACGGUAAAAUUGUACUCAGCUUGAAAAGAAAAGAAGCCUCAAGUUGAUAAGUCAUCAUGUUCGAUAAUUUCGAAAGAAGAGUUGAGGGCUGAUCUA